AUGACCGAGGAGGCGCUCACUCCUCAUCGGAUCAGCCCGCGGAAACAAAGGCAGAGCAGACCACUGGGCGAUUCCUUCUUUGGCGCAAAGGGCAUCGCAAAGACCCCGGCCUCGAAGAAUCCAAUACCGUCCUCUUCUCCGGCCUUCGGAACGCCACUUCAUCCCAUUAAGCCCUUCAAUGUCGGCGCGCCGACCAAGCAGACGAUCCUCCCCAUUCUCCUACCGCCAGCGACACUCAGGCCGUUGGCUUUUCGCACAUUCACGAAGAAGCACAGCUUGACCCUCACCUCGUCUACUCUGCAGGAGCUUGCUACCUUUAUUGGGAGGCACUGUGGCUCAGGAUGGCGCGAGGAAGGCCUGGCGGAGAAGGUGCUUGAAGAGGUCGCAAAGAGCUGGAAGAAUCGCAAUGGAGGGGUUAUGGUUGAUGGGUCGAAUCCAGCGUUGAAAGACAUUCUGAAGACGUUAGAAGGCAACAUGAGUGGCGGAAAGAUCGUGACCGGUCCUCGAGGACUAAGCCGGCAGAAUAGUCUGCUGCUGGAAUCUGCGCAGGAGAAGGACCUUUCCAACACGAGGUUGGGCAUUCGACCGACCAACUUAUUGACGAGGGACGAUAGCCAAACGAGUAUGGGUAUGUCUGGACUAGCCAUGGAGGAAGAUGAUGAGGACGAGGAGGUCAAGGACCCGAGGAAAUGGAUCAAGGUUGUUGGAGCGUAUGAGCAACCCCGGAUGUUGUACAAUGUCAACAAGAAACACUUCGAAAGGUACAAUGUCAUCCAUCAGAGACUCCUCCGCAACGAGUCCUUUCAAACCUCAGCAGUAGCCGACGCCAGGGGAUCGGGCCGCUCCAGUCUUGCGUCUCAGUCACAUCAAGCCCAUAAAAUCACGCCAGUCGCCAACUUACUAGGCAGGCAUGGUACUCACCACAUGCUUCUCGGGAUGCUGGUCAUCCUUCCUACUGGAAACCUGGCGAUCUGUGACCUCACUGGCGCCAUCGCCCUCGACCUGUCCCAAGCUGCUGCGAUUCCUGAAGAUUCCGCAUGGUUUACCCCUGGAAUGAUAGUCCUCGUCGACGGUGUGUACGAGGAGGAGGAAGAGUCAGUUGGCAAAGGCUUGAGCGGGAGCAGCGGUGUCGGCGGCACGAUAGGUGGCCGUUUCCAGGGCUUCUUCAUCGGACAGCCCCCUUGCGAGAAGAGGAAAGUCACACUCGGAAUCAGCGGCCCGGACGGCGGCCCGGACCACACCAUAGGAGGUGGGUUCGGCUGGAUCGAUUUCCUCGGCGUUGGUAGCGAGCGCGCCGUGGGAUCCCGCAUGCGCCGGUUGGAGCAGCGCAUUCUGAGACAGCCUUCCACGCCCGACAUGCCUGGCCGCGGCCGCAUGGUCAUUCUCGGAGAGCUGAACCUAGAUCAGCCCCGGACUCUGCAGGCAGUCCGCAAGAUCCUCGCCACCUACGCCACCGAGCCCGAAGGGUCCACGCCCCUGAGCUUCAUCCUGACCGGCAACUUCACCCAGCACGCCGUCAUGUCGCGCAGCGAGAGCGGCGGCAGCAUAGAAUACAAGGAGUACUUCGACUCCCUGGCCUCGACCCUCGCCGAAUUCCCGACCCUGCUCCAGGGCUCCACGUUCGUCUUCGUCCCCGGCGAUAACGACGGCUGGGUCUCGGCCUUUUCGGCCGGCGCGGCGGCCCCCUUGCCCAGGAAGUCCGUGCCCGAGCUCUUCACGUCGCGCGUGCGCCGUGCCUUCGCCUCGGCCAACGCCGAACUCGGGCCCAGCGGCAGUAGCCAGGGCGGCGAGGCCGUGUGGACCACCAACCCCAGCCGCCUCACGCUCUUCGGGCCCAGCCACGAGCUGGUGCUCUUCCGCGACGACGUCUCGGCGCGCCUGCGCCGCACAGCCGUCCGCCUCAAGACGACGCGGAAACCCACCGAGCAAGACGAGAACAACGACAGCUCAUCGCAACAGGCCGCGGCGGCGACCAACGACGCCAUGGACCUCGACGACGAGGCUCCGUCCUCCCCGCCCGUGAUAGCAGCUUCCGCCGAGAAGCAGCAGGAGCAGCAGCAGACAGGCGAAGCAGGCCCGGACGCGGUGCCCUACGACAUCCGCACGGCGCGCAAGCUCGUCAAGACGGUGCUGGACCAGGGCUACCUGGCGCCGUUCCGGCAGCCCGUGCGCCCCGUGCACUGGGACUACGCCGGCGCGCUGCACAUAUACCCGCUGCCGACGGCCAUGGCGCUCGUCGACACGACAGCCCCGGCCUUCUGCAUCACGUACGAGGGCUGCCACGUCAUGAACCCCGGCGCCGUGCUCGUGAGCGGCCGCAGGGGCGUGGCGAGGUGGAUCGAGUACGAGAUUGGCCGAGUUGGGCGAGUCAGGGAGUGUUUGUUUUAG